CUUCCUAGCAGAUAUUUAGUACGCGCGCGCUCUCACACUUACACGAGAGUCUGACAGCUGUGUGCACGCGCUUUAGCUCGAGCAUUAGAGGGAGAAAAGCCUCGAGCUGGGAAUAAGCGCUCAGGAUGUGAUCCAUAAAAUAAAACCUACCUGACAGCACGAGCUCUUUUAGAAGCGGAUUACUUACUGCAGGUUUCUGCGCUUUUGUUUGGUCCUGAAACAUCUAAACCUGGUUAUUUCCUAAGUUUUAUCAUCAAAAGUCAACACUGAGAAGUGCAUAAAAGUCUAUUUGUGGUAUUUAAAAAAGAAACAUGCCGCGGAGUCUGGGUCUGAGGCAAGUGAUGAUGAUGAUGGUGUGUUGGUGGAGUUUGGUUUCCGGUGCUGCGCGCCCUAAACCCGAAUCUCCGCACCUGGACACGCUGGACUUCGGCUUUGUACCGGCGGUGGUGUACGACACACACGCGUACUAUGAGCCUGGAGCCGUGGACGUGCUCUUUCACAUAGUGCACGCGUUCCUGUACACGGUACAACCAAACCCGUUCCCAGCAGAUCUUAUUGUUAAGAUUGUGCAACAAGACAUGAAUGGAAUCAAAGCAAAGGCGCUCCAGAAGCCUGAGAACAUUGUCCUGAUGCUGCAGGCUAUGUAUUAUGAGAUUGGCUUUAUCCUGCUGGCAGCUCUGGGUGUUAUGUUCGUGCUGCUGAUGCCACUGGUGGGUUUAUUAUUCUGCCUGUGUCGGUGCUGUGAGAAUUGUGGAGGCGAGAUGCACCAAAGGCACCGCAAAAAUGCUGACUGCCAGCGUGGCUUUUACACUCUCUCACUUAUCACCUCAUCUGUGUUUAUCACAAUGGGUGUGCUGGUUGCCUACACCGGAAGCCACAAUAUCACAUCCCAGAUCAAAAGCACCAAACGACUCAUCAGCUCCAACAUAAAAGAUCUGAAAUCAAUGGCCAGUUAUACACCAGCGCAAAUUGAGUAUCUGACUGCGCAAUACACACCAGCCAAAAAUAAAGUUCUCUCCAACAUACACAACAUUGGGCCUUUGUUGGGUGAGCAGAUACACAACCAGCUGGAUAGAGAUGUGAUGCCAGCUUUAGACAAUGUACUGCGCAUGGCAGCAGUCAAAGUGGAAAGUGCUAUUAAAGCAAUGCGAGACACUAAGGAGGCUUUGGAAAAUGUCAGCACAUCCCUAGAGACAUUACAAGAAGCAACUAGAAAGCUGCAGAGUUCUUUACGUUCGGAGCGCAGUUCACUUUCAAACACACUCAAUGAUCCGGCCUGCCGCAGCAGAAAUGCCACACACAGAUGCGACAACAUCCGGGCCUCACUUGAUCAGCUCGCUGUCAGUGCCAACUUUAGUGGGCUACAGGAUGUCAGGCCUCAGUUAGAAAAUCUAGAAACGGUGAUGGAGACGGAUCUGAGCGACAUUGUACAGAAGGGUUACUCUGCUUUAAAUGAUACUUCCAGGAUAGUAAGUGAACAGACUCAAGGCAUAGUGGCCACAUUGCCCAUGAAGGCCUUGUUGGACAAGUCAGGAGCUGAGAUUAGUAAUUUCAUCAAUAUGUUCCCAGUGGAAUCAGCACUGGAGAACUUCACUCGGUUUCUGACAGAAGUAGAGAAGGACAUUGAAGAGUUCUACCCAAAGAUUAACCAGUACGACUUUUACAGGUGGAUAGGGUGUGUGGUGUUGUGCUGCAUGGUAGUGCUGAUCCUGGCUUUUAACCUUUUUGGUUUGAUGUGUGGAAUAUGUGGUCAUGACAAGAACUCCACUCCUACAACACGGGGCUGCCUCUCCAACACAGGUGGCAAUCUCCUCAUGGUAGGUGUUGGAUUUAGCUUCAUGUUUUCAUGGGUGCUGAUGGGAGUUGUGGUCACCACAUUUGUUACUGGAGGAAAUGUGGAAAAGCUUGUGUGUGAGCCUCUCGCCAGCAGACAACUGUUUAAGAUCAUAGAUGCACCGUACAUUGUUCAUCCUGGCAAAAAGAACGUCCUUCCAGGAAUGCUGUUUCAAAACCCCAACAUCAAUCUUACCAUCGGCAGCCUGUACAAUGAUUGUUAUGAGAAUAAUGGCAUAUAUUCUGCACUACAACUGGAGAACCAAUUCCACUUCAUCCAGUUCAUCAACACAACUGUGAACAAUCAUGAUCUGGCAGAGAUAUUUGAGGGGGUAAAUGUGGACUUGGAGGGAAUAAUCCUGUUAGCUGAAGAAGGAAAAGACAAUCUUAUCAAUUUUGCUAAUGCCGGUCUCGGAGAAAUCAACUAUGAGUCCUAUCUCUCAGAGGUCAAUAAAGGGGUCACUGUUGUAGAUCUUCUCUCCUUUGCCAAUGAAUUGGAGGCAGAGGCAGACCAUCUGCCACGUGGUGCUCUUGGAAAUGCUCUAAAGGGCCAUGCUAGCAGUAUCAGACAAAUCCAUAAAGAACAAGUUUUGCCCAUGGAGCAAGCCAUGAAAUUUGUCAGAGCCCGGAGCACAUUAAGUCAAAGUAUCAGGUUACUACAGACCACAGUUGAUGACCUUCCUAGUAAAGUGACUAAUGUGCUGAAUGCCAUUGAUGCAGCUGAGUAUCUCAUUGCCAACAAUGCCUCACAUGUAGUCAAAAAGGAGACAGAUAAAUACACAAACAAUCUGAUGGGAUACCUUAAGCGAUAUGUUACAUGGGUUCAGCUUUCGUUAAUGGUGGAAGUAGCUCAAUGCAAACCCAUCAGUAACAUCAUUGACUCGCUGGAGAUUGUUGGUUGCAGUUUUAUAGUGGACUCAGUGAACACAUUCUGGUUCGGUCUGGGUGGCUGCUGUUUGUUCCUUAUCCCUAGUAUCAUCAUGUCCAUAAAACUUGCCAAAUUCUACCGUAGAAUGGACACAGAGGAUGUCUUUGAUGAUGGCACAGAGAACUGGAGUUAAACAGUCCAUCAGUGGAGUGACCUAGGAUUAAUUUAAAUCCAAAGAAGAUGAGAGGAUGAAAGGGAAGUCUGCAGAAGGAGAUACAUUUUGCUUUCAUUAAAGUCUAAUGGUAUCACAUUCUAUAGCUGUAAACAAUUUCAAACCUGUCUUUCUCACUUUGUUAAAUCUGUGACUUUAAAGCAAGAAACCACUUUUAUUAUUUUAUAAAAGUGUUAUUAGUCCUGCCAUAAAGCUGUCAUUAAACAAUUGACAGCUGUAUACAGUUCUUUAAAAUGUUUUUCUUGUUUUAAAUUCCAGUAGCUUACUGUAUUUGUUUAUUCAUUUCUUGUUUAAAUUGUGAAACAAAGGUUUUUUAUUUAAAUUCAGUAUUCAUUUUCUGAACUGAAAUUUUGAGGAACAUCAAAUGAUCAAUAAAUAUCCAUCUAUUAUACAUAACAUGAAAAAGUCAUUGCAUGUAAUUUUAUUUUCUCACUAAAAAUUACUAGACUUAAUUAGAAAAAUAACAAAGGAAAAUGAAGUAAAAACUGGUUAAAGUUUUUAUGCUAAUGACUGGAAGUCUAUAGGGAUGCCAAGUUGCUGCUUUCUCUUAAAUUGUAAAAUGCAUGUAAAAUAAGUUACUUUUUGUUAGAUUUAAGUAUAUGAAAAAUGUUUGUGAGUAUAAGAUUCGGUUUGUUUUUUGAACGUCCUAUUCCACAUUUAGUCCCCAAUUGUUGUUAUAAGAAUCUCCACUCUUCAGGAAAAUUUUCCACUGGAGUUUGGAGUGUGCUUGUGGAGAUUUGUGCUCAUUCACAAGUACAUAACUAAAAGUCAGGUGCUGAUGUAGGUGAGGUGAGGAGCGCUGGGUAACAGUCAGCAUUCUGAUUUAUCCCAGAGGUCAAAGCUCUAUAGCAGGAGUUCCUCUAUAAACUAUGUAAACCUUAUCUUAAUGAAGCUGGUAUUGUGGAAGAGUCAUCCUGGAAGAGGUUUUGUCACACAUUGUCAUGCAGAAAGAGGUUUGAGUCUCCUAGUUGAAUACAUGUCUUCUACACCUAUGUACUGUGUAUUUAUAUUAUUUGUUUACAUCUGUUUGUACAUGGUCUAAAAAUGUAAUAUACAAUUUGGGAAGACUGUGAAUUUGACUUUGCAUUUACAUUUAUUCAUUCCACAGAAUAUUUUAAAAGUUAGAAAAAUUCGAGCAAACAGAUGAUAACAGAUAAGCUGAUAAACAAUUUUGCUCAUGUCCCCAACAUGAGCUCUUUUUCAAACCUUGGAUUAAUACAUUUUUUUUUCUUAUUUACUUAUAGAUUAUACUUUAUAUAUGUUUUGGUGCAUGGUGUAGAUGGGAAAAUAAAACUAUACAUUCAGGAAAAA